CACACACACACACACACACACACACACACACGUUUUCUAUUGAUACUGUGGUAAUGACUCAAAAGCCCACAGUUAUCAAGGACAUAUCUGCCUUUACACUUGAAUUCAGAUUUCAGAGAGGUAUAUUAGCAUAAACAGGGUCCUACCUAUAGGCGUAUACUUGAUUUGACUAAUUUGCCAUAUUGAAAGGUAUAUUGGACAUCGGCCAAAAGGAUAUCUGAUUUUUGUCGUUUACAAUUUAUAUGAUGUCAUUACUUAAAUCAAUUUCAACAUACUUUGGAAUCAAUAAAUCGAGUUCAGAAGCCAUUAAAGUGUUCACGUGCAAUAUCAACAUGACCUCAUGAGGAUCUAAUUAAUGAGCAAUUACCUUAAUUAUACUCCGUUUUAAUUAAUAGACAAAUACACCUUGCGGUUCAUAUCUCUCCACUACCACUACACUGCAAUAGCCCAAUAAGAUUGUUGGGGUUUUCAUUGUUAGGUUUAUUGAAUGAGUCUUUGUAGUGUUGAUACGGUUGUGCCCAAAUCCGAUGAGAGUGAAGCAAAAUAAACCAUUUCAAUUGUGCAGCAGCCUUACCCAAAAGUUAUAGACUAUGCGAGUUCAACAUUGAUUUUGGUUAUCAAUUUGCAUGCAAGCGAUGGAAUUUACGCAUGCACGCCAGCAGAAAGAGGUAUUCGUUCAAAGUAUUUAAAAUGUUAAGAAUUGUCACAACUUCACACAAAAAAAGCCUCGGGCAGCCUCAUAUUAGAGCUGUCAGUUCAACUGCCCACAUACCAGGGGAGGGGAGGAGGGGUUCAUUCAUUUCCUAGUGGUCGCUGUGAUGGUCAAAACACAAUUAAAACAUAUAAAACAUUUGAUGAAAACGUUUCACAUUAGUAAUUUAGCCGAGCAUUCAUGAAUGUGAUUUCAUUUAAGCACAAUAGGUAGGCAUGCAUGUUGAAAGUUGAGAAUAAUAGUUCAUUAUAAUAAAUGUGUCUGGCUCUCCGUAGAUCCGGGGUCGUGGCGUCUCCAUUUCUGACUCAGUGAUCUUUAAAGAUCUGACACGAAAGGAUCUCUCUCCGAUUGCCAUCUAACUAGAUCAGUCAUAUCAAGAGAUAAAUCGUUCGAAACUUUUUUGGCGGUGCUGGUAGUUUUGUUAUGCGCAUGUGCGAAGGUGUCCAAACUGACAAUGCUGGAGAGAUAGCGAGUCUGGAUUGAGAAACACAGAGAAAAGGACAGAGAAAAAAGAAAAAGGAGGAAAAGAUCCAAGAAAAAAUCUAACAAACCCACGCCGAAAGACUGGCAUCAUGAGGUCCAAAGGCAGGGCACGGAAACUGGCCACAAGCCCGAGAAGCAAUGCUUUCUGGGAGCUCCAUGCAAACCGUCCACGUGAGGCACAAAAGAGGAGCGAACCCAUCUUCCCCCAGGUGUGGAGCAGAAGCCCCGUCAUGGGUUGGAACAGGGGUAAUGGUGAGGACUUUGCCCUCUACCCCUCUGAUGUUCUGGAUGAUGUGUGUGUGUCGGACGCAUACCCCGUGGCACCAUCCUCGGCCCCCCUAGCAGAAGACCACCCCUCCGCUGGCUUCUCCGCUGACGAUGACACGUCUCCCCUGGAGCCGUCCCCCUUCCACUCUGCCAUCUACAUGCCCCAGGACGAGCUGCCUGUUCCCCCCGACUUCCAGCUGCGCCAGUCGGGCAUCCCCGGUGUCGGUGGCAUCCUGGGCAUCUGGGCACGGAGGACGCUGGAUGUGGGCGAGCGAUUCGGACCAUAUGUGGGCGAGCAGCGGGCGUGCCUGAGAGACCCCACCCAAGGCUGGGAGAUCUUGGACGGGUCGGGCCAUGUAAAGUUCUGUGUGGAUGCCAGCGAGCCUGAUAUCGGGAGCUGGCUGAAGCACAUCCAGUUUGCCCCCACGGCCCUCCAGCACAACCUGACGCCGUGCCAGAUAGAUGAUCAGAUCUUCUACAGAGUGACUCAAGAGAUCCAACCAGGCGAGGAGCUGCUUUUGUUCAUGAAGGCAGAGCAGUAUUCAUGUGACAACAUGGCUCCUGAUAUGCACGAGGAGAGACAGUAUCGCUGUGAGGAUUGUGACCAGCUCUUUGAGUCUGUCUCUGAGCUACUGGACCACCAGAAGGUUCCAUGUGGGAUGCCCCCCUCAGCCUUCCUGGGGAACCCUGGAGGGGACAGUAGUGACCUGGAGGGCCCUGAGGGCCUGGAACCCCACGAUCUGCACCUGUCCCACAGCCUCAGCCACCACGACCACAACGGUCCCCAGGAGUGUAAAGAGUGUGACCAGGUGUUCCCUGACCUCCAGAGCCUGGAAGCUCACUCUCUGUCACACUCAGAGGAGAGGGAUUACAAGUGUGACCAGUGCCCCAAGGCCUUCAACUGGAAAUCCAACCUGAUUCGCCAUCAGAUGUCACAUGACAGUGGCAAGCACUACGAAUGUGAAAACUGCACAAAGGUACAGUCAUGUACCUGCUCAAAGCAGGUGUUCACAGACCCCAGUAACCUGCAGAGGCACAUCCGCUCGCAGCACGUGGGGGCGCGGGCUCACGCCUGUCCCGAUUGCGGGAAGACCUUUGCCACGUCCUCUGGCCUGAAGCAGCACAAGCACAUCCACAGCAGCGUCAAGCCCUUCAUAUGUAAGUCACUCAGACCCUUCAUAUGCGAGGUGUGCCACAAGUCCUACACGCAGUUCUCCAACCUGUGCCGCCACAAGCGCAUGCACGCCGACUGCCGCACCCAGAUCAAGUGUAAGGACUGUGGCCAGAUGUUCAGCACCACCUCCUCCCUCAACAAGCACCGGCGCUUCUGUGAGGGCAAAAACCAUUUCACGGCAGGGGGGUUGUUCGCCCAUGCCCAAGGCAUGUCCCUCCCCGGUGUCCCUGGUGCCAUGGACAAGGCCGCUAUGGGAGGGAUGGGGCACAGCAGCGCCAGCCUGGCAGACUACUUUGGGAACCGGCACCACAGCGGCCUGACAUUUCCGACCGCCCCUGGCUUCCCCUUCAGCUUCCCGGGUCUGUUCUCCUCUGGACUGUACCACCGACCCCCUCUCAUACAGGCCACCUCCCCAGUCAGACGGCCCCUAGGUCCCGGUACGGAGCACAUCAAGAGCCCCCUCCUGUCGACUAGCCCCGGAGCCCAAGAGACCAGAGAACUGCUUAAGACCCUCCGCAAGGAGGCAUUGCCCGGUAGCGAGCAGCCACAGGGAACAGAGCAGCGACAGUCCCAUAGCUCCUCCUCCAAGCAGAGGCACAGCGGCGGCAAGAUGAGCAGCCAAUCGGAGAGCAGCGAUCUGGAUGACGUAAGCACUCCCAGUGGGAGCGACCUAGAUACCACGUCAGGCUCGGAGCUGGAGAGCGACAUGGAAAGCGAAGGCCAGCGGGAGAGGGCACCCCGGGAGAACGGGAAGGGGCCCAAAAGGAAGGCGGGCAGAGGCCCCCAGAGCCCCACCACCCUGAUCAGUAACCACACUAAGGAGUUCCAAGGUAGCCCCGCCUUGUUCCCUCCCUCGCUGGACGAGCACACGGCUGUCUCAGGGGCGGUCAAUGACUCCAUCAAGGCCAUCGCCUCCAUCGCUGAGAGGUACUUUGGCUCCACGGGGCUGGCGGGCCUGCAGGACAAGAAGGUAGGCACCCUGCCCUACCCCUCCAUGUUCCCCCUGCCCUUCUUCCCAAACUUCUCCCCGCCCGUCUACCCCUUCCCAGAGAGAGAGCUCAGACCUCCUGGCCUAAAGGGGGAGUCCCAGUCCCCACCUGACGAACCCUCUAAGAAGCGCCAGAGCAGGACCUCUGAGUCGCCCUUUGACCUUACCACCAAGCGCAAGCAGGAGGAGAAGGUCCUCGCCCCCUUCGUCCCAGUCUCCAAAUCCAAACCGGAGGCCUCCUCACGUUCCACCAAUCAGGACCAGCCGCUGGAUCUGAGCAUGGGCGGCACUAGGAACCGCAGCAGUAGCCACGCCCCCCGGGGGGAGGAAUCAAAGAAGAUCCACGUGUUUGGAGAAGACAAGGCAGGGAUGGAGCUACCUAAAGCCGACACCUCUCUGCAGCACGCCAGGCCCACCCCCUUGUUCAUGGACCCCAUCUACAGCAGGGUUGAGAAGAGGAAGAUGAACGAUCCGUUUGAGGCUCUGAAAGACAAGUACAUGCGGCCCGCCCCCGGCUUCCUCUUCCAUCCACAGUUUCGUAUGCCAGUUCAGAGAUCCUGGAUGUCGGCCAUUGAGAACAUGGCGGAGAAGCUUGAGACGUUUGGUUCGCUUAACCCGGAGUCAGGUGACCUGAUGCGCUCCGUCCCCUCCAUGUUUGACUUCCGAGCUCCGCCCACUGCCCUCCCCGAGACGCUACUGCGGAAGGGCAAGGAGCGCUACACCUGCAGAUACUGCGGUAAACUAUUCCCACGGUCUGCCAACCUGACCCGCCACCUAAGGACACACACAGGAGAGCAACCGUACAGGUGUAAGUACUGCGACCGCUCGUUCAGCAUCUCCUCCAACCUGCAGCGCCACAUCCGCAACAUCCACAACAAGGAGAAGCCCUUCAAGUGUCACCUGUGUGAUCGCUGCUUCGGCCAGCAGACCAACCUGGAUCGUCACCUCAAGAAACACGAGAACGGUAACCUCUCAGGCACGGCUGCGUCCUCCCCUCGGUCAGAGCUGGACAGCAGCAGCGCCAUCCUGGACGACAAAGAGGACUCCUACUUCAACGAAAUACGAAACUUUAUCGGCAACACAGGCCAGAACCAGCCGUCCCCUGACCAUUCUGAGGAAGGAUUGAACGGUGGUCCUUUCGAGGAGGAGAAGCCCCUGGUGGCCAGCCAUGGGUCAUGUGACCUGGAGGAGGAGGGGGAGGAGCUUGGCGCCGAGGAGGAGGAAGGGGAGCAGAGCAACAACGCUGACGGGAAACCUAGGGACGAAGCUCACCCCGGCAACCUAGAUGGUGACAUCCUACUCAACGAAAUAGAACUUGACGGCCCUAGCGAUUUGGAGCUCAACUGCAAGACUUCCCAAAGGAGGUAUGAGGAGGAAGAGGAUCAGAGUAGCUACUCUGCGCUGGAUCACAUCCGUCACUUCUCUGACAUGCAUAAGAUGGAGGACAGCGAGUUCAGCGACGGGGACAGCACCUCCUUUGGCUCCCCCAGCCUGCCUGAGGCUGUCAAACAGCCCCUGUACAGGAAAUCCAAGUCCCAGGCGUACGCCAUGAUGCUGUCUCUGGCUGACAAGGACGCACUCCACCCAGCCAACCACACACCAGCCACCAUGUGGCACAGCCUGGCGCGGGCCGCUGCUGAGUCCAGUGCCAUCCAGUCCCUCAGCCAUGUAUGAUGCCGUGAUCCCUGACCCCUAACCCCCCCGACCCCGACCUAUCGCACUGAGAGGCCUUGGGGUCCGUCAGCGGGGCCCCUGGCCCUUGGCCCGUCACAGACUGCUGAGCAGAACCACGGCCCAUCUGACUGCUGAGCAGAAUGCCUUACACACGUGCAGGGUCACCGUCCACAGAGAACCGCCCAGCCCAGCCCUCCAAGAGAUCCAACAAACAUCCCUUCUGUGACCUUAAAUUGAGUCAGUAUGUUUAAUAUCAACGACAAUGAUGAUGAUAGUGAUUAUUGACUAUGGUGAUGAAAAUAACAAUGGUAAGUAAUAAUAGCUGUAUUUAUUCUGUUGAUUUUUUAUGUUUUGCACAGCAGCGGCAGCUGGUAGGAGGGAUGAUGGAGAUGGUUUUGUUAGAUGUUACAUUGCUAGAGCAUUUCAUGUGUCCACUCAGCUGAGAACAGUCUUCCUCAGUGCGAAGUCGGUUGUAUUUAGAGAACCCAUUCGGGAACGCGGUCCAACCACGGUUGGAUAUGUGUACAGAGUACAGACCCUACCUAGCCCCACAUAGCCCUACCUAAUAUUACCAGGCCACACCUAAGCAUCCCUAGCUCCACCUAGAACCUCAUAAUCCUACCUAGACCUACCUUUCCAGCUACCUAACCCCACAUGGCCACUCCUAGUAUACCUGGCCACUCCUAGCAUACCUGCCCACUCCUAUAGCAUACCUGGCCACUCCUAGCAUACCUGGCCACUCCUAGCCUUCCCAGCACCACAGCUUCAGACCUUCUCAGCUGAAUUGGAGUAUCAGUGAAAUACGUUAUGAGAAUGAUUCCCUUUAACCCCUGGAUAUAAACAGGUGUUUUCCCAUCAACAUGUACUUAUAUAAAUGCUAGGAUACUUGGAAGGGUGGUGCUGAGUAAAGACUCGAGUCCAAAUGAACUUCACCUCUCCAAGAACGAUGGUGCUACAAACGCAUUACGACAAGAUUGUUGAUGAACGAAGAUCAAAAUAAAAAUUGAAAACGGAGAGAAAUCGGACUGGUUUCACAACCCAAGAAAGAGUUUGCAUAGCUGCGUGUGUCUGCACAAUCACAGAACUGUACACGAGUGUCUGCAAAUUGCGGCUCUGAAGCUGGACUCCGUCCCACCCUGCUGCACUCUCUGUGAAAGGAUCUAAAUAGUUUGUAAUUUUAGUUGAAGUAAAAAAGAAACCACCAUUUUUUUAUUUUUACUCUGAAAAAGUAGCAAGUACUGAAUUAUAAUUGUUAAACAGUAAUAAGGGCAUCUCUCCCCCUUCCCGAAACCCCAAACUCAUCGUAGUCGGCCAACGAUACCACUAAUUAGCCUAAAUGCUAGUUGUUAGCUACCCCCUUCCUUGUGUGUCUUUCAUUUUUUAGACAAUCAUGUUUUCUUGUGUUGUUUUUUUUUCUACAUUUUUAUUGUUAUUGAUGUUGAUGUUAUUGCUGUUGUAUGUUGAGAAUUGUAUUUAUUUCUUGGCAAACUGUAGUUUGUUUACUGAAUAGCACUGCUCUUACCCAUAGCGAAGGGGAGAUUCCUCGCUGGGGCCUACUCCAGAACUCAAUGGGGUUUGUAGAUGACGUUUUGAGUGCCGGAUAGUAUUAAACAUACCAUUCACUCUUUAUUCUUCUAUUGAAACUGGUUGAUGAUGAAUAGAUAUUACUUCGGGUUUUUUUGUACGACAAUUUAUUGAUUCAAAUGUAAAUGGAAAAAAACAAACCUUAUAAAGACAUGAACAAAUAAAAAGAUGCCAGGUAUAAUUUCUUCAUAAUCGCAUGAUUGGUCUUUAUAGAUCUGUAUCUGGCAGUUUUCUACGGUGGUCUGCAAGCUUGUGUGACGUUCAGUCCAUGUUAAUCCCUUGUGCCAAACCUAUAAUAAAUAACAGAUUAUAUUCAUUUAUCCUCCCAUUUUGAGGGACCAGAUUGUUUGUUUUUUGUCGUUGUUGUUUUUGUUUAUAAUCCAUUUAAAAAAGUAAUCAGCAAGUUGAGGUACUUUGUUUUAAUGCUUUCUACAAUGUAACUGUAAUGCAAUUGAAUUCAAUACUGUGGGAGGAUCAACUAAGAAAUAAAGGACUACAAUGUGGAUUAAA